GGAAGUGACGUCACUUCCUCAGUUCGCAGGCGGGUUUUUGGGUCUUCUCAGGAAUCUACCUGUGGGCCGCCGCAUGGAAGCAAAGACUCUUGGGAUCGCAACACCAAGAAAACCUGUCUUAUCAGUCAGUGCGAGGAAACUUAAGGACAAUGCUGCUGACUGGCAUAACUUAAUCCUGAAAUGGGACAGCCUCAGUGACAAGGGCUUCACCACAGCGAGCAGUAUUGCCAACCUGAAAGUCAGCUUGCUGAGUAAAGAGAAGGUUGAGUUAGAGAGCAGCAGCCCAGCUUCCAUGGAAGAGGAAGAAAAGACAAAUCUGGACUACGAUAAGGGACUCGAAGCACUGUGUGAGGAGCUGCAGGCCAUCUUGGACGGCUUGAUGAGUAAGAAAGCCCAGGCUCACAGAGGCGCCAUAAGAGUCAGAAGCGCGGGUGCCGUUGUGCCUGUUCCACUAUCUAACAGCAGCCCAUUGGGAUUCCGCCGGCUCUUUGGAGCUAAAGCACUGCUGCUGCAUAGAAAACUGACUGAGACUAAAAUACAAAUGAAAAUGGAAAAGCUGUCUUCAACCACCAAGGGAAUUUGUGAGCUAGAAAAUUACCACUACAGGGAAGAAAGCAGCCGGCCCCCUCUAUUUCACACGUGGCCCACAGCCUUCUUUUAUGAGGUCUCCCGCCGGCUCUCUGAAGCAUACAAGAAGGAGCUCCUUUUGAAGCACACCAUUGGCGCAGAGCUGGCCCAUACUGCAGAUCGCAACCUCAGCCUGACCUACCUGUCCAUGUGGCUGCACCAGCCCUACAUAGAGAGCAACAGCAAGCUGCAGCUGGAGAGCAUGCUGCUCGAGACAGGUCACCGGGCCCUGUGACUGCCUGUGACCACAGCUUGGAGCUCCAGGCCACUGGCUGGACAGUCAGUCCCUUGGGUGGAACCUGUUGUGCCUCAAGGCCAGAUACUUUGAGGGUCCUGGGAUCACUCUUCCCGCUGCUGCAGCCUCUCCAGACACAGGCACUGCUGAGCUGUCCUCCCGCUGCUUCCCGGGUGUCAUGAAGCUCCACUGAGUGACAGAAACAAGAACAGCUGAGGGCAGUUUUAUAAAUCUGUGGAGACAACCUGAGUUUCCCAUUUCUAUUUUGUACCUAUCUACUUUUUUUUUUCUUUUUUGUGGUGCUGGAAAUCAAAUCAAAUCAAGACUUCACACAAGCUGAAUAUUCAACCACUGGUCCACACUGCCAACCCUGUGCUUUGAAGAGAAUGUUUUAGUUCUGAAACUAACUAUCCCAGGAUUAUUAGAUGUUAAAGUCUCAUAAGUAGGGACAGAGUGGUGAGUUAGCAGUUGAGAGCACUGUGGACUUCUGGCCUCCCCUGGCAGCAACACACAAAUUACUUAGGUAUCUGUGUAUCGGCCGAAUGUAUAGAUGACCAGGGCAACUGUAAAUGGGAGUGGGCUCCUUGGAGUUAGAACUACAAGAGGUUGUCAGCCACCUGAUUUGGGUGUUAGAAACCAAACUCCAGUCAGUCCUCUGGAAGAACAGUUCACGCUCUUAACUGCUGAGCCAUCUCUCCUAUGGCUGGAGAUACAUAUAUUUAAUAUAUUGUAUAAAUAUAUUAAUAAAACAUGUAUUGAAAUAUAUAUACAUAUUAAUCCUGUUGAGUUAACUGAGUAUAGAGUUUAGUAUCACAGAAAUGAAAAUCACCCAAAAUUGCUGCUGCUUGCCUGAGAAAAUGGACAAGCCAAUACAAAGACCAGCAGUUGCAGACUGUUUGUAUCUGGGGCCUGGCCGUGCUAGAUGUUUAGCUUUCUCACUGUUCGCCACCGGUGUACUCCCUAAGUCCAUAGAGAGCUAACAUUCAUCAUGAAGAGUUGCCUGCAUAGUGAGGUCAGCUGGCCCUCACAGUUAGGUCAGGGGCCGCUUGCACUUCCUCCUUUCACUCCUUCCUGAUAGGGAACACACUAAGACCACUGGGGUGGGCACUCUUGGACCACUGCUCCCAUCUUUAGGGGAAGGAAUACUCAGACCACAUUGCUACCUUCUGUGUAUGUGUCUGUAUAGGCACACUUGAGCUACGUUGCAUGUGUGCAGGUCAGAGGACAGCUUUGGGUUGUGGGUCCUUGCCUUCUGCCUUGACAUAGGGCCUCUUGUUCACUGCUAUAAACACCAGGAUACCUGGCCUGCAAGCUUCC